AUGCCAGUGAUGAGAGGUCUCCUAGCUCCGCAGAACACCUUUUUGGACACCAUAGCCACGCGCUUUGACGGGACCCACAGUAACUUUGUGCUGGGGAAUGCGCAGGUACAUGUUCAGUACCCCAUUGUGUACUGUUCUGAUGGGUUCUGUGAGCUGACGGGCUUCGCUCGGGCUGAGCUGAUGCAGAGGAACUGCGCGUGUCACUUCCUGUAUGGGCCUGAGACCAGCGAGCAGCUGGCAGCACAGAUCCAGGGAGCGCUGGACCAACGCACAGAGUUUAAGGCUGAGCUCAUCUUGUACAAGAAGGCAGGUACAGAGUUCUGGUGUCUGCUGGACAUUGUGCCAAUAAAGAAUGAGAAGGGUGAGGUGGUGCUGUUCUUAGUGUCCCACAAAGACAUCACAGAUAGCAAGAAGGACCAAGCCUCCCAGCAUGGUGCCAGUACAGAUGAGGAGACGCGCAAGGUCACCCAUCCGCCGCCAUUCAGCCCCAACCGCCGGCGCAGCAGGGCCGUGUUGUACCAGCUGUCCCGGCACCUGCAGAAGGACAAGAACAAGUCCAAGAUUAAGCUCAACAACAACGUGUUCAUUCAGAAGCCUCCCAUCCCAGAAUACAAGGUGGCCAGCAUUCAGAAGUCCCGCUUCAUCCUGCUCCACUAUGGCACCUUCAAGGCUGGCUGGGAUUGGCUGAUCUUGCUGGCCACCUUCUACGUGGCGGUGACCGUGCCCUACAACGUGUGCUUCACCGUGGGAGGACCGCGGGAGGAAGGGAGCUCCGCCCACCGCAGCCCACCCAGCGUCAGUGACAUCCUGGUGGAGAUCCUCUUCAUGCUGGACAUCGUGCUGAAUUUCCGCACCUCCUACGUGAGCACGUCGGGGCAGGUGGUGUACGACGCACGCUCCAUCUGCGUUCACUACGUCACCACCUGGCUGUUCGUGGACCUGAUCGCCGCCCUGCCCUUUGACCUCCUGUAUGCCUUCAACAUCAGCGUGUAUUUUGGCGUGCACCUGCUGAAGACGGUGCGUUUGCUGAGGCUGCUGCGUCUGCUGCAGAAGCUGGACCGGUACUCGCAGUACAGCGCCGUGGUUCUGACCCUGCUCAUGUCCAUGUUCGCCCUCCUGGCCCACUGGAUCGCCUGCGUCUGGUACUUCAUCGGCCGCCGGGAGAUCGAGACCCACAGCCCCGUCACCUGGGAUGCCGGUUGGCUGCAUGAGCUGGCGAAGCGGCUGGGCUCACCCUACUUCCUGUCACCUUUGACCUCACUAUUUGGAGUCUCUGGUUCGCUUCCUGCAAUGUCAUCCGGAGCAGCAGCCAACGGUAGCCAUUGGAACAUCUCUGGUGUGGGGCUAAUGGGGCGGGACCACUGGAACUCCAGCCAAUGGAAUGCAUCAUGGGCUGGGCCAGGCUCAGGUGCAGGGCGGGGGCCCAGCCAGUGGAAUGGCUCGGGGGCAGUACUUGUGGGUGGGCCUUCCAUACGAAGCUCCUAUGUGACAUCGCUGUACUUCGCCCUGAGCAGCCUGACCAGCGUGGGCUUCGGGAAUGUCUCGGCCAACACCGACGCUGAGAAGAUCUUCUCCAUCUGCACCAUGCUCAUCGGGGCGCUGAUGCACGCCGUGGUGUUCGGGAACGUGACGGCCAUCAUCCAGCGCAUGUACUCGCGGCGUUCGCUCUACCACACCCGCACCAAGGACCUGAAGGACUUCAUCAGGGUGCACCACCUGCCCAAAGCCCUGGAGCAGCGGCUGCUCGACUGCUUCCAGACCACCUGGUCUGUCAACAACGGCAUCGACGUGGGAGAGCUGCUGAAAGACUUCCCAGACGAGCUGCGGGCGGACAUUGCCAUGCAGCUGAAUAAGGAGCUGCUGCAGCUUGCGCUGUUCGAGUCGGCCAGCAGGGGGUGCCUGCGCUCGCUGUCCCUCAUCAUAAAGACGUCCUUCUGCGCCCCGGGGAGUUCUGAUCCGCCAGGCGACGCCCUGCAGGCCAUCUACUUCGUCUGCUCCGGCUCCAUGGAGGUUCUGAAGGACAACAACCGUGCUGGCACAUCCUUGAGUAUGGCUGAUUGUGUUUCUCCAGGGAAGGGAGACCUGAUCGGCUCAGACUCCCUGAUGCAGGAGCAGGUCAUAAAGACAAACGCCAACGUGAAGGCGCUGACCUACUGCGACCUGCAGUACAUCAGCCUGCCGGGCCUGCGCGAGGUGCUCAGCCUGUACCCCGAGUACGCACAGAAGUUCAUCAGCGAGAUCAAGCACGACCUCACCUACAACCUGCGGGAGGGUCACAGGGCCGAGGCGAGUGCAUGCUAA